GCAGAUUUUCCCAGUUUCCCAUAGCGCAAGAAAAAUGGGAAACAAAAGUAGAAGACGACCCAUUUUUCCUCGUUAGAUUCCAAUCUGCUGCAGCUUAUUUCUCACUCGAUCUCUCCCUUAUUUUUUCUCGUCUUGAAUCGUAUAGAAUUUGUAAGAACCGAUCAUGAAGCUUGACACCAGCGGUUUAGAAUCGGCUGCGCCUGUCUGGGGUGCUCCGAGUGAGCUUGUUGAUGGGUUUUCCGCCGCUCCGUCGUUCGAGGUCCCAAACACUACUGAUUUUGAUGGGUUUCAAAAAGAAGCUAUUCAGAUGGUGAAACCUGCUAAGGGUACCACCACGCUUGCCUUCAUCUUUAAGGAAGGCGUCAUGGUUGCUGCUGAUUCUAGAGCUAGCAUGGGAGGCUAUAUCUCUUCACAGUCGGUGAAGAAGAUUAUUGAAAUCAAUCCUUACAUGCUUGGCACAAUGGCUGGAGGAGCUGCUGACUGCCAGUUUUGGCACAGAAAUUUAGGCAUCAAGUGCCGGCUGCAUGAAUUAGCAAACAAGCGUAGAAUUUCUGUUACGGGGGCAUCAAAACUGUUGGCGAACAUUCUCUACUCUUACAGAGGAAUGGGACUGUCAGUUGGAACCAUGAUCGCUGGAUGGGACGAAACGGGUCCUGGACUAUACUAUGUGGACAGUGAAGGGGGAAGGUUAAAAGGAAUGCGUUUUUCUGUUGGAUCUGGUUCACCAUAUGCUUAUGGUGUGCUGGAUAACGGCUAUCGGUAUGAUAUGUCUGUUGAAGAAGCUGCAGAGCUGGCCAGAAGAGCUAUUUAUCAUGCCACGUUCCGUGAUGGAGCCAGUGGUGGUGUUGCUAGCGUUUACUACGUGGGGCCAAAUGGCUGGAAGAAGCUAUCCGGUGACGAUGUCGGAGAACUUCACUAUAAAUACUAUCCGGUGAUGCCGAGCACGGUGGAACAGGAAAUGGUUGAAGUAGCCGCUGCAUAAGUGGGAUCUAAUCAACUUGGGGCCAAGUUGAAGGUUCAUAAGAUCGGUCAGCGCGAUAUACUCUCUUAUUUUUACGAAGCAGUUUCCUCAACUUCGCCUUGAAAGACAAUUUGCUCAUGGAUCUGGGUGCAAAGUUAGUGUGAUAAGAACUUUUCCCCUCAGUUUGAAUUCAGUGAUCUUCAGUUUGUUGUUUGGUGCUGAACAUUUUAAUCUGGUUUUAGUAAACUCCCAAGAUUUUUAUAUUUA